UCCACCCUUAGGCACCAGCCUAGCCCUUUGGACCUACUGUCUUUAAAGGGCACAAGAGCUGACUUUCUCCUUUUUAUUUGGAGCCCAGGAUCGGCCUGGGCGGGGACCCCAGCUCCGCCCCUGCCCGCCCGAGCUCCCGUGGGUCCUUGGUUCCAGGGAUCAACGAGGUUUCUUGGCCCGGCUCCGGUCUCCACCUCUGGACCGGAAUGCGGAGUCGGAUCCCCGCAGCUCGCCCGCUGUCGCUGUCACCGCAUCCCGCCCGCUGAGACCAGAGCGCCGGAAGACCUGGAGAGCGGCUCAUGGACGAGGCGGGCUCCCCGGCUCCUGCGGGGACAGGAGGUGACGGCUCUGGAGGAGGUACAAGACAGACAUCCAGGCGACUGUCAAGAGAACAGAUUUUUGUACUGGUGUCAGCAGCGUCCAUGAACUUGGGCUGCAUGAUGACCUAUUCCAUCCUUGGACCGUUUUUCCCUAAGGAGGCAGAAAAGAAGGGGGCCAGCAACACGACAAUUGGGAUGAUCUUCGGAUGCUAUGCGUUAUUUGAAUUGCUGGCGUCUUUGGUGUUUGGAAAAUAUCUUGUACACAUCGGAGCCAAAUUUAUGUUUAUAGCAGGAAUGUUUGUCUCAGGAGGAGUUACAAUUCUCUUUGGUGUCUUGGAUCAGCUUCCCGAAGGACCGAUCUUUAUCGCCAUGUGUUUUCUGGUGAGAAUAGUUGAUGCUAUAGGCUUUGGUGCAGCCAUAACGGCGUCAUCUUCCAUCCUUGCCAAGGCUUUCCCAAAUAAUGUGGCUACAGUCAUGGGAAGUCUCGAGGUUUUUUCUGGACUGGGGCUGGUGGCAGGCCCCCCUUUGGGUGGUCUUUUGUAUCAAUCCUUUGGCUACGAAGUGCCCUUUAUUUUUCUGGGGUGCAUAGUUCUGCUGAUGAUACCACUCAACGUAUGCAUCUUGCCUAGUUAUGAGUCCGAUCCAGGGAAACAGUCGUUCUGGAAACUUGUCACCUUACCCAAGAUCGGCCUCUUAGCCUUCGUGAUCAUCUCUCUCAGCUCCUGCUUUGGCUUCCUCGACCCAACCCUGUCUCUCUUCGUCAUGAAGAAGUUCAGUUUAUCAACUGGAUACGUGGGACUGGUCUUCCUGGGCCUGUCUCUGUCCUACACCAUUUCUUCGCCGCUGUUUGGUCUACUCAGUGAUAAGAUGCCCAAUCUAAGGAAAUGGUUUCUGGUGUUUGGAAAUUUAAUCACAUUUGGGUGCUACAUGCUCUUAGGACCCGUACCCCUACUGCACAUUAAAAGUCAGCUCUGGCUUCUCGUGCUGGUGUUGGUUGUAAAUGGGGUCUCUGCUGGAAUGAGCAUCAUCCCGACCUUCCCAGAGAUGCUCAGUUGCGCGUAUGCAAAUGGAUUCGAAGACGGAAUAAGCACCCUGGGACUCGUAUCUGGUCUUUUUGGUGCCAUGUGGUCAGUCGGUGCUUUCAUGGGGCCUAUCCUGGGCGGAUUUCUGUGUGAGAAAAUCGGUUUUGAGUGGGCAGCUGCUUUACAAGGCGUGUGGACUCUGCUAAGUGGUGUCGCGAUGGCCUUAUUUUAUCUCUGGGAGGACUCAACGGCAAGAAGAAGAUCUAAAGCUCAGAACAUCCUUGGCACAGAGGAGGAGCGAGCUGCUCUCUUGCCCAAUGACACCUAGCCUUGUUCAAGCUCGAGACUGAUCCAGAUCCAGAGACAGGUGCGGUGACUGUGAUCACAGUGCCCGGAGGAACUGCCUGUGUGUCAUGCAGAGAUCAGAUCAGCGAUUCCUGCACUCGCUUCCUGGAAGUGCCAAGCAGCUUUUACGUGGCCCGGAGCGAGGCUGCACUUCCUGUAGAUCCGGAAAGCUGGCUGGCUGAGGCAACCCUUCGGAACAUCUACGAGAAAGGGCGAACCAACCAAAGCGGGCAUUUCUAAAAGACCGACCUUGCCGGAAGCGGGUGUUUCUAAAAGACCGACCUUGCCCCAUCACGUGUUCUUAUUGACCGUCUUUUGUGUUCGCUUUUCACUCCAAGUUCACGGUCCUGUGGAUGUACCUCUUAAAAUCGAUAAGUGAAAAAAAAAAGCUAUUUAAUUCACAUUGAACGUAUAAAAUAGAACGAAUAAUUUCAUGAAGUCAGUUUUGAAAGAUGGCCUUUCUCUGCACCGAAGUUUGCACUCAUUGAAAAGGCAACAUUCCUGCCUGCCAUAUAAAAACUCCAGAGCAUUUCUUGGCUUUCAGUUUUUCUAAAGAUGUUUUCACAGCAGGUCCUAGGAAAACGAUGCAUGCACUUGGGUCCUGAGACAUUUCCCGUCAUGAUCUGGGCUUAUACACACUAUUUGCAUAACAUUGUAUGUUUCUGAUCUUAGUGUGUCUUUGUUUUAGACCCAUAAUUUGUUUGCUUAUUGUGUUUACUACUCUUCACACCACUCCUGGGAAAUGUAUUCCUUCACGAGGCAGGGCAACACCGGCCUCCGCCCCGCCAAGCGAGAGCCGUGAGCUCCGCGUUGGAGAAAUCCUCCAACUUCACAGAAAAUCCUUUGCUGCUACUUGACGUUAGAAUGUCAACUUUGUACCUCCUGAUUCAUCUUCGUAUUGUAGUAGCUACGUUUCCUUUCUAAUAGAAUAAUAAGUGAUUUUUUUUUUGUCUA